CAGAGCGAGCGAGUUGAGUCUAUCCUAUCCGUCCCAGCGUUUUGAGUGCAUUGGCAGCAGCUGGCGUGGCAGGCACAUGCAGGACAGACAGACAAACAGACAGACAGACAGACACAUGUAUGUAUGUGUGUAUGUCAGCUGGGCUUGACGGACAGACGGAUAAACAGACUCAACGACAGGAUCGGCACAAGACCGAAUGAACGAACACACAGUGGUGUCUGCGCCAAGCCUACAUCCAUCCAUCCAUCCAUCCAUGCGUCAAAACCUUCAGCACACGAGUGAAUUCGAUACACAUGUGACAUGCGCACAAAGUGAAUGUCUGUCCACCUCUUCCUUCCUCAUCUCUCCCUCCCACCCAUCGGCUGUCCGGCCGAUCGGCCGUAUUCAUUCUAUGCUAUCUACCGAUCCAUCAACCUACAGCUCCACUCUGCGCCUCUUGUUAAGUGGCCGCCCGCUGCCCCCCACCUCUCCCCCACCCUCGUCGCUGCCUGGCUGCUCCUCAGCAAUCGAGGUGAAGACAAGCCGCAGCAGUGACGACACCCCACCGGGCCAAAGUAGCCGCCGACCGUCGUCGUAGUCGUCAUCAUACCGGCCCCCCAAAGUGUCCAUGGCAGCGUCCACCACCGCACUCAUGGGGCCGAGACGACCCAAGACGCGGAUGAAGGGGGCGAUGUCUGCUUGGUGGGCGUUGAGGACCUCCAGCGUGACCGUGGUGUCGACGAUCUCCCGGAAGGCCCAGUGCCGCAUCCACUCCUCACGGCCCCGCUCCCCCAGCCAGGCCAUCAGCACUCGCAGUGGGGACACCCCUGUCGCCUCGAUGUGGGCCAGGUAGGCAGCCAUGUAAUCAGACACCUGAGGGACGGGACAGACACACAGACGGGCGGGCGGGCGAGCAAGAAGAGAAGAAUGGAUGGAUGGAUGGAUGGCCGUGGGGAUGCUUGUGGUGGUUGGACGGCCGUUGAUGCCUAAGCACCUCUGUGGUGAUGGCGGCACCCAUUUGGCCCACCUGGUCCCACUUGCCCUCCAGAAUCAUCAGCCGCAGGCAGUGCAGCGCCAGACUCCUCAUAGGCAAGUCGCGGAUAGUCGCCGUCGCGUUUAUGUCGUGGACCUCGACCAUGGGAAUUCGACGGCCGUCACCAUCUCGGUAGUCGAAGUCAUCGUGAUGGUCAAAUGGGAACGCCUGGUUGAGACCUGACGUUUUCUCACUCCCAAGCAUGCCCAGGUAGAACAUGGGCAUGCAUUGGUCGGUGUGGGGGUCGAUAUGGUCCAUGGGCACAGCUGCUGCGUCCUCGUCGACUGUCUUGUUGUCACCGCAGGGGAUGGAGUAGCCGAAGGAGCAUGAGCAGCACAGGACGCCCUGUGUGGGGUGAGCCUCGGAGGGAUCGACGUACACCUCUAAGGCGCGGCAUUCCGAGAGGGGCAGAAGGCAGUCGCCCAUGCCGCCACGCCGGUCCCUCGUGCUGAUCGAACCGUGUGGACGUGGACAAGUGCAUGAAGACGCACCCAGCUGCACGCCAAUUCCCCCACUCCAUGUGCUGCAUGAGCUGCCAGGCGUGUCGACUCCAAUCUCGCGCUCGUCAGCCAUCUUCUGCGUCUCGAAUAUCACAGCAGCCUUACAUACAACACACGACAUCCUCAGACAGAUGAGCACGCCGCAGUACUGACUGAUCCAUGCGUACCGCUUCGUUGAAGUUGGUUGUCCCUGUCGCCUCGGUGAGGAAUCUCUUGAGGAUUUCGAGCCUGACCACACACGUGCCUGUGUCGAUCUGCUCUUUCAGGCACGUCAGCAUGGCGAUGACGAAGCCCUUCAUGCUGCCAUCAUUGCCCUCCUCGCCAGAUGCCGUCCAGUGCGAUGCCACAUGAGCCGCAUUCUUGACCAUGUAGGGCGCACAGGCCUGCAUCAGCUCGCUGUGACGCUGAAGCAGACACCUGGACAAGGGGUGAAAGAUGACACACAGAGCGGCUGCAGAUGGCAAGAAAGCUGACCUUACGAGGGGCCUUUUGAAGGCCAUGUCAAGCAUGGCACGACAGAGGUCUUGAUCACCGUGCCAUCGGUUGCGGAGAACCUGAAAGCAAACACACAAAACCAUCGUGCUCUCCAACCAGCCUUGUUCCCGCCUUCGUGGUAACCUUCUUGCCGACGUCGUCGAGCAGCUUUGACUCUUCUGUCGGCUCGAGAUAGUCGAUGGCUGCCACACAGUCCAACACAUUCUGACACAGAGUCAACGAACAGGCGGAUGGACAGCACUCUGGUCCCUGUUUGGUCUGGUCCCUACGGUGUACCCUACUUACCUCUCGUGUGACACUUCUGAGCACAUCGUUUCUUGCCUGCAGCACCACGCCAGCGAUUGGCCUAGAGAUUUCCUUGAGCGUCACUGUGCGCUCAGCCGACUCCUUGAAGUCGCCACCAAACAGCUGCAGCACAACCAACGCAAAGAGCAGUCACAAGCAGCGUUCUUCUCCUGUCCUUACGGCUCGGAAGAAGCCAAAGCUGCUGCUGACGGCCUCCGAUAUGACCAGAGUGUCCUCCGAUGCCUCAAACUUCACGCUGAUGGGCCCAGACAUAACGCAGUGCAGAUAGUGCUGCAAUCAAGCUACAGCCGACUCAGACGCGCGCGAGGACGGGAUACUCUAUCCGAAACGAGUGCGAGCUCAAGCCCACAUCCCUCAAAUCGGUUUGCUGCCUCUCUUUUCGCCUGUUUCGUGGUGUCGAGGCUUUCUGAUGACACGGAGGAUGCAUCAAUGCAAAGAAAAUAGAAAACGAAUUUGCCGGGUUCGAGAAAAAGACAGAUUUGAUCCUCACUCGAUCAGAGUGGAAUUUCGAUGCCUUUACUGCCUUUCCUUCUUUUUGUGAGUAGCUCUACGGGCUCAGGGUGGCAGGUGUGGGCCAAGGGCAUGCCACAAGGCAAUUUCCAUCUGCGAGCUCCUGACACGCGGCUCGCAGGAGCUCGCAGGAAACUUUCUUGUGGGAAUCGACCCGCGUCACUCAGGGCCUUCAUCGAGGCAUGGGAUGUGCUCAGAGCUGCGCCAAACUCGUCGAAACCUGUUCCUUCUGUGCGAAAAGGCCGGUGAGGACCUUUCCUGUAGUUAGCUGAAUAGAGGAUCUGCUGGGCGGUAAGUCCCAGAGUAAGAGUGCUUUUAC